UGUGAAAUGAGAAAUCGUGCAAGUCGCGAAGUGGAAGUCAAAUGCAAAUGGCGGUUGUUAUUGUUCGUGGUCGAAAAUUUUUACAACACGAAUUUUUUUUACAAAUUUCAUCUAGAAUAUACAAUUUAAUUGUAAUAAAUUUUUGCAAAUCUUAAAAUAUAAUUUCUCCAUAAAACGUGUGUAUAGAAAUUCAAUUGAAAAGUGUCAAUAUAAACAGUGAAAAUUUUGUUUAAAAAAAUUGGUCUUUGCAAGAGUAGAAGAAAAAAAAAAUUGUCGUCAAUCAUAUUUUUUGUGGCCCCUUGCUACCAAUACAACAACAACAAGAAGUAAAGAAAAAAGUUGAUACUUCGUAUGGUUCGUUUUCUACGCCUGUGAAUAUUUUUGGUCGCGCUGUUUGAUCUCCAAAAAAAAGCUUCUUCUUGUGUUGUGUUAGGCCUCCUCCUCUAGUUACCAAAAGAAAAAAUAAAAAAACCGAAAAAAUUACAAAUAAACUAGAAAAAACUGGUCAUUAAUCCUCCAAACGUAUGACAUGCACUCCUCAAAACGUUCAAAGAAAAUUGUCCAAAUCAAUGUUUAUCAAGGAGUUUUUCAACAUCAGUGUUUAAUUAAAUCUUGUCAAAUUACAAAAAAUAAAACAAACUAAACAAAAAAUAAUAAAAAUAUCUUAUAGAAAAAGUUCUUGUUACAAAAAAACUACUCGUUAUGUAGAAUGGUGCAAAAAAAUUCCACUUAAAAAAGUAGUCAGUCACUGUUACAGUGUUUUGACAAUUUGUUGAAGUAAUAAAUAAAAAUCGUGAGAAAAGAAAAACUAAUACUACUUAAUUAUUAGAAACUCCCCAAAACAAAACGUAACGCAACAACAACAUAAAAAGCAAAAGAAUAAAAUAAAAAGGAGAAUAUCACACACGUCUGUUUCUCUUUUAAAAUGCAGCUCUGCAUAAGUGACACAAGUGGCAGGCAUAUCGAAAGAAACGUAACGUAACGUGAUAUAUGCCAUGAUUUUGUUGUUUAUUGUUUUGAAAAUAUAUUUUUGUUAAUAAAAGAAAAAUUAAAGAAGGAAGAAAGAAAAAAAACCAACAGAGUUGCCAUAACUAUAAGAAAAGUUUUGUUUAACAAAAAAUCUAACAAAUGUGUACAUUAAAAAUAUUAACAAUAUUACAUUAUUUGCUACCACCGCUUAGUGCUUCAAAUGUUUUACUACGAAAAUGGCAAAAUUGUGGUCAUAGAUUUAAAAUUUAAAUUAAUUAAUAAUUACUAUAUAAUUUGUGUUAAAAUAUAAUAAUUAUUACCUAGAAUUAAUGAUUAUAAAGAAACAGUAGCAAAAAAUAAUCGUAAACAAAUGAAAGUUUUAAUUUUUUGUGUGAAUGUAUAUCUUCGCGCGAUUUCUGCUAAUUUAAGAAUUAGUGAAUGUUCGCUUAUUUUUUGUAAUAAUUAAAAGAAAUUCUUCGAAAGAAAACAACCCCCAGACAGCUCCCCCCGUCAAGUGUGAUUGUCGUCGUGUGAUGAUAUGCAACUUAAACAGCAGAUUGAACCGUGUAUGCGGAUAACAGUGCAAAUCCCUAAGGAUGCGGCGCAAAGGUUACGCCAAUUGGCUACCGAGGGUAAUCCUACACUACGGGCCCUUGGUAUACGAUCCGUACAAUUAGAGGGAGAUUCUCUGAUAUCACUCAAUCUUGGCGGUCAACAGAUUGAUGUUAAAGUAUCAGAUAUUUCAUCUGUUGUUAGCCAUGAGACGUCCGGUACGUCUAUUAGUGGUAUUGGAAGCGGUGGAGUUGGAAUCGGUGUCGGUGGCGAAGGUUGCAAUACAGAUAUAAGUGAUUUAUCCCAAUUACUUAGUGUGGGAAAUCUUGGUGGUCCUAGCACAAGUAGUGCUUUUGUAAAAUUGCCUCAAGCUCAGUUGCAAGAACAUCAGCAGCAGCAGCAACAGCAAUCGACAUUAAUCCAACAGCAGCAGCGACGAGGGAAUAUGGCUCCAAAUAUUAAUUUUGGGACAAAUGUUGGGGUAGGUAGUGGCAUGGAUGGUGGUUCCAUGUCUUCUAUACAACAACAGCAAAUGUUGCAACAACAACGUCGUAAUAUGAUGCUUGGUGGUCCCAGCACUAGUAAUGCUGCCAUUAAACAUCAACAGCAAAAUCCUUUCAAUACCGUUCUGGGUACACAGCAAAAUCUUCAACAACAGCAGCAGCAACAACAUCAACUUCAACAACCUGUAUUUAAGUCACCGAAUACAGUUUGCCCCAUGGAUGGCAAAGUGCCAGUGCCUCCUUUGCCCGUAGCAGCCGGCAAUGCUGCAAAUUCACGAGAAUUUCCCUUUGAAAGCAUGCGCCAAGCUCGUGUUUUGCAGGGCCGCGAUAAUUCUUUGAAUACUGUGGGAUCAUCAUCGUCAGCUAUACCAACUCCUGGUGGAAUACCCUUAGCAGCUGGUAAACCUGCGGUAGCUGGUGUACCAAGUAAUAGCGUCGGCAGCAUUCCACACCAGCUUAUGGGUUCAUUGGGUCCACCGCCAAAUGUUGCCCUUAAAGUGAUUAAAAAUCCUCAAAGUGGUGAAAUGAUAACUACAACUGUAUCUACAGCAUCUGGUAAAUCACAGUUUUUACAACCACCUCCUCCACCAUAUCCGGGUGUUGGUACGGUAAACUCUCCCGCCUCCCAGAAUUCUCCGGCUUUAGCAAAGCCUAUAUCAAGCUAUUUGCAAUCACGUGUGGUGCCACCCUCAACGCCAACAGCAUCACCAACUGGAGUUACAGGUUCAAGCAAUAGUAGCAAUAAUAUAGCGAUGUCAUCACCGCUUUUGGUGAAUCUGCUGCAAAAUGACAGCAAUUCGGUGGCAAAUCAACAUGGCAAUCAAGUGAAAUCGUCGCCGUUGCCUUCCCCACAACAUCAGCCGCAGCAGCAGCAACAACAUCAACAACAAAUGCCGCUUAUUCAUCAACAGCAACAGUCCCCCAUGAUGGCGGCAAUGAGUCCUCAGCAACAAAUCAUGAAUUCACCGCUGAGAACUACAACACCAGGAAGCGAAUUUAUGAUGCAACAGCAACAACAUUCAAGUCAGGUGCAGCCACAAAUCGUCUCGGCACCUGGUACCCCAGAUAAUGUUCUAAGUGUGCCUUCUUCUCCAACUGCGACAACGAAUGCUAUGCGUUCUAUGCCCCCGGGUUCGCAGCAAAUAAUGUUGAGUCCAAGCAAUAGCAGCAAUAUGUAUUCUCAACAACAACAGCAGCAACAGCGCUUUCAACAACAACAGCAACAAAUAUCACCACAACAAGCAGCAUUGUUGCGGCAGCAACGUCAACAGCAAUUGCAAACGUCAAUCAAACUACAAAAUCAACAACGUUUUAUACCACAACAGCAGCAGCAACAACAACAGCAACAAAUGUUGCAGCAAAAUAUGGGUGUCAACACGAUGUUAGGAAACCAACAGCAACAAAUGAGGCAAUUGCGUGUUGGAUCUGGUGGUGGUGGCGUUGGUGUUUUAACACAUCAAACUCCACCUUCGCCCCUCCAGCAGCAACAGUUACAGCAACACCAACGUCUUAUAGGGCAACAACAACAGCAAUAUAUGUCGGUUAAUGCUGGAAACAUGUCACCUGCAGCUGCACAUUCACCCGCCUCCAGUCAUCAUUCGAUGCAUAGCCCUCACAUGUCCUCCCAGCACUCACACCAACAACUACUAUCUCCUUCGACAACGCCCGCACAGUCUCCUCUAACAGCUUCACAGCAUCUAACGCAACAAUUGUUACCGCCACCUCCACCACAAUCGCCCUCAACAUCAGGUCUUACGCACAAUGCUUCCUCCUCCAUUCACAUAGUACCUUCUUCACCAUCUACUCCAAGUAUGAAUCUACCACCUCCACCAGAUUACAAUCAAGCGGCUGCUUCCUCGAGAUGGCCUGCGACGUUAAAUAAACCAAUGGAUUCGGCGACCAAGUCAAGUUUUCAAGAGUUCACACGUUAUCAAAUGCAAUACAAUUUACAACAGCAACAAACUCGACAACAAGAGCAACAAAUUAUCUCCGAAAUUGCUAAUUCGUUGUCCGGCGCAUCAUCCAACAACAACAGCAGCAUCCAUCAUAACCAGCAGUCGUCGACAGCAGCUGGUGGAAGUAGUGGUGGAGUGAGUGUAGGAAACAAUAACACAACCUCCGCAAACUCUGUAACAGAUGUAACAGGUUCUACCGGUUCUGGUGUAGAUGCUGCCUUAGAUGCCCAAACAGUCGACGAUUUAAAUGACAACUUGAUUACUUUAUCCGACUUGGAUGCUUUAACAACAAAUGAUUUGGACGCUUUGUUGCCUACCUUAAGCUGUGAUAUUGAUUCAUCCCUUAGUUUGGAUGACAAAAAUGAAUUGGAAUCCUUGCUUCAAGAUGCGAAAGAUUUGGACUUGGAUCUUAUCGAGGGUAUGGACAUUGAUGAGACGGCAGCUGCAGCUUCAUCACUUUAGCGGGAGAUGAAACAGCUGCCACAAAAUGUUGAAUUAGCAAUGGGUCAAAUGCAGCCGCAGCAGCAACCGCAACAACAGCAACAAAUAUUACAGCAACAAUUAUUGCAGCAGCAGCAGACGCAACAUCAGCAACAACUGCAGCAGCAACAAAGACAAUUGCAAAUGCCACAAAGUCAAAUUAUGCAGCAGCAGCAGCAACAACAAUCUCAGCAUAUUUUGCAGCAACGUUUGCAGCAGCAACAUCACAUAAACCAACAAAAUCUUGUGCCUCAAAAUCAGCAGCAGCAACAACAACAGUUUCAAAUGACUUCAAGCCAUCAACAGCAACAAUUUAUGUUAAAUAAACAACAUCAACAACAUUCAAGUGUACUUUCUGCUGUACCUGUCUCUGGCAACACACAAACAACACAUCCUCCUCCGUCGUCGCAACAAAAGCAAUUUCUUAAACCUCUAACCGGUGAACUUGAACCCAGCCCCAGCGAUGACAGUGAAACUGAAGCUGAACAAGAGACUAUUCAAUCUUCAUCUAAUUCCGCACUCCACAACAUCUCAAACGCUACCAAUACCUCCCAAGGAUCCAAUUAUAACCCAAAUAAUAGCACAAAUAGCAUUUAUGAUUUGGUACCCAAUUCAUCAUCGCAUUUCUCCGAAGAUUCCAAUUCCAACUCGUGCAGCACUGCCAUCUCAAAAUUGUCGGCUGGCGAACAAAAUAAUGGCGGGUCUUCAACACCUCAAUUAUUGGGAGCUGGUUCGGAUAACGAACGUUCUAGGGACUCUUUAAUCUCGAACAAGUCACAAAGAAUAGAAAGUCUACAGCAAAUGUGUCAUCAGCGCCUAGAUAUGGGUUCUCCCAGAUCAAACUCAUCCUCCCCAUCGGUGGGAGCCAUGUUGGCCGGGGGUAGUACUUCAAAUAAAAAGUCAAAAACCAAUUUAUUAAGAGAGAAACUACAGCAAGGAGUGAGGGAAAAGAAAAGCAAGGAGGCGGCCAACGCUGGAGUGGUCAAACCAAAAAGGGAAAGAGCCAAAGCUGGCAGUAAAUCAAAAGCUGCUUUAGCUGCUGCUGCCGCCGCAGCAAAUACACAGACUCUUAUGCAAAAUAAACAAAAUAGUGCAAUAGCUAGUAGCUUAUCAUCAUCAUCAUCAUCAGGAAACACAGCUACAAGCAUAAAUGUUACCAAUCCGAUGAUGAAUACAGUGGAUGCAACAACUUCAUCAGUGGGAGCAAAUGUGGCGGCAAGAAAAAUCAAAUUACGUUUGAAAUUGGGAAAAUCCGAGCCAGUUGCACCGGCUUAUAAAGUUGAUGUGACAUUUAGCUCGGAAAAUGUGCAACAGCAACAACAAUCUCAACUAAAUGCUCAACAGUUGGCAAACAGCGUAAUGCAACAGCAGCAACAACAGCAACAUCACACGAAUUCAUCGCAAUUUCAACAAAAUACUAAUUUAAAUUCACCUCAGCAGCAACAGCAGCACUCAAUACAACAGAUGCAGCAGCAGUUAACACAUCAACAACAAUCAUCAAUGAACCCGCCACAAUAUCAACAACAACAAGAUAAUAUUUUUCCUCAAGCCUCCUCAUCUGCGGCAGCUGGCCUAAACACAUCCGCUUCCACAACAGCGGGCAAUUCUUCUCCCGCUACAGAUGAACCCAGAGUUCCUCCACUACACAUUAGUUUACGAGGAGGAAAAAGUUCAAUUGUUAUAAAAAAUUCCCGAAAAGAACGCAAGAAAACACAGAACACGUUGGCACAGACCAGAAUGAAUCCUUGGACAAUAGCAUUAAGACAAAGUACCAUCUCAAGCGUACUCACCUUAUUACGGAUAAUGACUGCCAGUGCAACAACUGGAGAUAACUCCACUGUGGACGAACAAAGUGCAACAGAAUCCAAACAGUCUAAACUGGGACAAAAUGUAACAAAAGCUCCAAAUACAACUCAAAUAAAUGGAAUACCAAACAUGUCUGACAACAAGUUGGCUGUUUCAUCAUCAACAACAACCACAACCAGUUUAGUUGCGGGAAAAAAUGGUCUAACCAUAAGUGCAACAACAAUGAACAAUGCUACCAUGGAGGCGCCUAAUAAAACCAGCCAAAAUUUAAUUUUGGAUACGCAAAGUUUGGGUUCGACAAAUUUGGGCACUGUCACCCACCUACCACCUCAGCAAUUGCUGCAACCCUCCACUCAACAGCAAUUGGCCAAAAUUACUUCUUUGCCAAAUAGCAUUACUCUGAGCACCAUAACAAAUCCCAAUACAGGGACCGGAAGUGGUGGAGUCGGAUCAAAUUCGAAUAGUUUGCAAGUAAAACAUAACCUGAAGACCACUGCCACUAUAACACCAAUUCAGGGAAAACCCCUAACAAAAAACCAUAAGCCUCCGUCGUACAUAACGGCGGUACCACAAUUGCAAUUGCAAAAACAACAACAGCAGCAGCAAUUAGCAGCUUUAGCCGAAAACAAAACGCAGCAACAAAUGAUAGCAGCAGCCGUAACAAUGCUACCGAGUGCUACGACCCUCAAAAGAGUGGAAAUAACAAAAGUGGAGCGUAAAGAUGCUAUGGGUAAUGUGGAGCAUGUUCUGAUCAAAUCAAAUGAACCGGUUACGACAGCAGCUGCAACUGCAACAACAAUUAAAGCCAACACUCAGGUUACAACAAAUGUUACGACCACCACUGUAUCUCCUCGCCUAACGGUAUCGUCAUCAUUGGUGACCACAAAUACAAAGACAACAUUUAGUGUGGCGGAAAGUAGCGCUGCAGGUAAAACGGAGAAUACGGCUGCAAGCAAACAAAAUAUAAUUCAUCAGCCCAUAAGUACAUCUUCAACCACAACUGCGGCCACCGUGACCACUACACCAACAAAUACUCCUGUCACAAAUUUAAACUAUAAUCAGUCGACACUGGCAACUACUUUGCGAAACUCUCCUGCCAGCACGGGAGGUGGCACACCAGCCCAUGCAAAUAGUGCCGCAGGAGAAGAUAGCGGCAUAGAAUCCAUGGAUGCUUUGUCGGAAAAGUCACCACACCAACUUACAUCCAGUAGUCCCCAAUCCCUGCAACCACAAAUCACCUCGGACAAGCCACCCCAGCAAAUACUAGCUAAAGGUCCAGCGACUGAAACUCUAAAGGCAAGUGAGGAAGUGGCAACUCAAUUAACAUCGGCCGACGACGAAAUCGAAAAGGCUUUAGCUAAAAUGGAGGGCUUUACAGAGGAUGAUGACAAUAACCUAUUGGUUGGUGAUAUUAAAAGAAAAGAUGUUACCAACUCCAAAGAUCUACAGCAACAGAAAAUUAAUGGUGACCACUCCAUCUUUGAUGACGAUAUUUUAAAACAGAAGGACAACAAAGUGGUUUAUAACAACAUACAUCAUCACCACCAUCAUCAUCACCCUCGAGAAGAAGACGAUGACGACGAGGAUCUUAUUAAAAAUCUCACUGCCAGUAUUAUUGAGGAACAUGAGGCGGGCGAAAAGGCAGCCAAAGAAAAGUUGGAAAACGAACGCAGAGAAAAAGAAAAAUUAAAUCUUAAAGAACUCGAAGAAGAACAAAGGAAAGAACGGCGAACAAAAUUAAAAUUAAGAGACAUUAAAAACGAGGAUUUCGAAGAAAAAUUACCAACACCACAACAAUCAUUAAGAAAGAUGACUCCAUUAAAAUCGAAGAACGAAAUCGAGCAGCAGAAAGACGUAGUUAGCAAUAAACAGAGUGAGAAUCUUAACUCCAACCUAGCUACGCCCAUAUCAAUAGAAAUUCCACAAACUACGGAUAUGGACUCGCCACGCAUAAGAACGAGAGCCAGCAGUCGUUUGGGUAGUCCUAUGGAUGUGGCGAAAUCUAGCCCUUCUUUAGACACCAAUUCCACCACACAAUCAACUCUACUAACAAAUAAACAUGUUGUCGCUACCAGAUCUGCAAGUCAUACCCAUGAGCGAGUCAGUCUAAGUCCCAAACUACUUCAAGCUAAUUCAGCCUCUAGCACCAGCACAAAUACUACCAACUCUGCCUCCUCCAACACUUUGUCUGCAAACUCUAACACCAAUAGUAGUCAAACACAGCAAACGCAAAAUCAUCAUAAAAAACGUCAAGAAUCUGAAGGAGGAAGUAAUAGCAAUGGUGGUGUGGGAGAAAAUGACCCCAAAAGAGCACGCAGUGGCAGUACGAGUGGCAGCAGUGCUGUUACAAUAGUGAACCACAAUGAAAUUGCAAACAAUAAUAAAAAAUCCGAUGAUGCAGGAGUUUUGAAAAGUACUACCCCUAUUACUACGACAAAGAAGAUUGAAGAAUCCUCUGAUUCAGAUGAACCUCUAAUAGAGGUGGCUGGCAAGGUCAGAAAUUCUAAAGCAGCAGCUGCUGGCAGCAUUGAUAAUAAUUCAUCAGUAUCAUCAUCAUCAUCGUCCACUAACAUCAAUUCUUCUUCAACAACGUUAAUACAACAACUGUGGAAAAUACUUCAGAAAAAGUUACACGUAAUAGUAGAUCACAUCAACAACAAAAUACAGCAACACCAUCCAUAUCCAACUCAUCGGCAAACUUCAACACCAUCGCAUGCUACUCGUGGUACAAGUCAAGGUUCUACGACUACUACUAAUGCAACUACACAUGCUGCAUCCGUAAAUCAUGCGGGCAAUGUUAACAAUAUGGGCAAUAGUCCUGGUGAUGAGAAAAUUGGCACUCGGCGAAGUGUACGAGCAUCGGCAGCAGCAAAUAAAAUGAUUUACACCAGAGGCAUUCAUAAUAACAGCAAUAAUAAUGGAAGUAAUAACAGUGAGACCACUGGUAAAAUGGCAAACAAAUCAGGCGUUAAUUCAAGCUCUGAAAGUGUGGCAGAGGCCAGAAGAAAAACACGCAGUGCAGUUGUAGGUGAAACUGUUUUGACUGAAGGCCGUCGCAGAAGAGGCUCCAGAGACUAUAAGUGACCAUUGUCUUGCGGCUCGGCUACAGGUUCUGAGGAUAAAUUCGAAUUUUAUAUUUUUCAAGAUGAUGAGGACGAAGAUGAAGAAAAAUCCCAAGAUUUACAAACAAUAAACACAGAUCCAAGUAUGGCCGAGACGCAGGAUAAUCAGUAUACAACUAUAAAUCGUAAAAAUCUUUAUAAUAACGAUGAGGAGGAUGAUGUUAAUGAUGUGGAGAAUAUGUUAAAUAAACAACAACAGCAGCAAAACAUUGAGACGAAAGAAAACUAUAAUAAUUAUCAAAGCAU